GCUCUCGGCCCCGCGCUGCGGCUCUGUGCCGCCGGCCCUGCCUGCUCCUGGGAGAUGCUGCCUGUGGCCGGAGCAGGUGUGUGCGGCUGCUGCGGCGCCCUGCGUCCCCGCUACAAAAGACUUGUCGACAACAUCUUCCCUGAAGACCCAGAGGAUGGGCUGGUGAAGACCAACAUGGAGAAGCUGACAUUUUAUGCCCUGUCUGCCCCGGAGAAGCUGGAUCGCAUCGGCGCCUACCUCUCUGAGCGGCUCAUCCGAGACGUGAGCCGGCACCGAUAUGGGUACGUGUGCAUUGCCAUGGAGGCCCUGGACCAGCUCCUCAUGGCCUGCCACUGCCAGAGCAUCAACCUUUUCGUGGAGAGCUUCCUGAAGAUGGUGGCAAAGCUGCUGGAGUCGGAGAAGCCCAACCUGCAGAUCCUGGGGACCAACUCGUUCGUGAAGUUUGCCAACAUCGAAGAGGACACCCCAUCUUAUCACCGCAGCUACGACUUCUUUGUCUCACGCUUCAGUGAGAUGUGCCACUCCAGCCACGAUGACCUGGACAUCCGGACGAAGAUCCGGAUGUCUGGCAUUAAAGGCCUGCAAGGGGUGGUGAGGAAGACAGUGAAUGACGAGCUCCAAGCCAACAUCUGGGACCCGCAGCACAUGGACAAAAUCGUGCCCUCGCUGCUCUUCAACUUACAGCACGUGGAGGAGGCCGAAAGCCGCUCCCCCUCCCCGCUGCAAGCCACCGAGAAGGAGAAGGAGAGUCCUACGGAGCUGGCGGAGAGGUGUCUGCGGGAGCUGCUGGGCCGAGCGGCAUACGGCAACAUCAAGAACGCUAUCAAACCCGUCCUUAUCCACCUGGAUAACCACUCGCUCUGGGAGCCGAAGAUCUUUGCCACCUGCUGCUUCAGGAUCAUCAUGUACUCGAUCCAGCCGCAGCACUCCCAUCUCGUGAUCCAGCAGCUCCUGGGGCACCUGGAUGCCAAUAGCAAGAGCGCGGCCACCGUGCGCGCGGGCAUCGUGGAGGUCCUCUCGGAGGCAGCGGUGAUCGCAGCCUCCGGAUCUGUUGGCCCCACGGUGCUGGAGGUGUUUAACACCCUGCUGAGGCAGCUGCGGCUCAGCAUUGACUACGCGCUGACGGGGAGCUACGACUGCGCCGCUGGCGUCAGCACCAAGAUCAUCAAGGAGCACGAGGAGAGGAUGUUCCAGGAGGCCGUCAUUAAAACCAUAGGGUCCUUUGCCAGCACGCUGCCCACCUACCAGCAGUCUGAGGUGAUGGUCUUCAUCAUGAACAAGGUGCCGCUUCCGUCCUCGCAGCAGUCCAUCGAGGCUGGCAAAGCUGGGGAGAACCGGAAUCGGCUGACACAGAUAAUGCUUCUGAAGUCCCUCCUCCAGGUCUCCGUGGGCUUCCAGUGCAGUAACAUGCUCACAGCACUUCCCAGCGCCUUCCUGGACAGGCUGCUCUCUGCAGCCCUCAUGGAGGAUGCUGAGAUCCGCCUCUUUGUCCUGGAGAUUCUCAUCAGCUUCAUCGAUCGCCAUGGGAAUCGGCAGAAGUUCUCCACCAUCAGCACCAUCAGCGACAUCUCGGUCCUGAAGCUGAAAGUGGACAAAUGCUCACGUCAAGAUACUGUCUUCAUGAAGAAGCAUGGCCAGCAGCUCUACCGGCACAUCUACUUGAUAUGCAAGGAGGAGAGCAAUGUGCAGGCUCACUAUGAGGCUCUCUACAGCAUGCUGAUGCUCAUCAGCAUCGAGCUGGCUAACGAGGAGGUCGUGGUGGACCUCAUCCGCCUGGUGCUGGCAGUGCAGGAGAUUGCCCAGAUCAACGAGGAUAACUUGACAGCGUACAACCGCUGCGCGCUCUUUGCCCUCGGUGCAGCUUACCUGAACCUGAUCAGCCAGCUCACCACUGUGCCCACCUUCUGCCAGCACAUCCAUGAGGUCAUCCAGAUGCGGCAGAAGGAAGCUCCCUAUCUGCUCCCUGAAGAUGUGUUUGUGGAGAGACCCAGGUUGAGCAAGAGCCUUGACCGCCUGGGCCCGGAGGUCUUCUUCUGGCAGAGCAAGAUCAGUGAAGUGCUGGGCGGCAGCGGCUACAACUCGGAUCGGCUCAGCACACCCUACAUCCCCCAGCUGACGGAUGAAGACCGCUUGUCCAAGAGGAAGAGCAUUGGCGAGACCAUUUCCCUGCAGGUCGAGGUGGAGUCGAGAAACAGUCCUGAGCGAGAGCAGAGAGCACCAGCAGAAGAGAUCACGUACGAGACGCUGAAGAAGGCGAUAGUAGACAGCGUCGCCGUGGAGGAGCAGGAGCGAGAGCGGAGGCGGCAAGUGGUGGAGAAAUUUCAGAAAGCCCCGUUUGAGGAGAUCGCAGCCCAUUGCGGUGCCCGGGCGACGCUGCUGCAGAGCAAGCUCAACCAGAUCUUCGAGAUCACCAUACGACCACCGCCAAGCCCCUCCGGCACCAUCACAGCCGCCUACGGGCAGCCCCAAAACCACUCCAUCCCGGUGUACGAGAUGAAGUUCCCGGACCUGUGCGUGUACUGA